AUGUCUAUCCUAACUAUAUCUCACCGCAAAGAUGUCAAUUCCAUUAAAGCCUUGAUUGUGGGUGGUGGUAUCGCUGGUCUCUCUCUCGCCAUUAUGAUGGAUUUAGCAGGUAUUGAAUAUGAGAUUUUGGAGCGUUGUAGCGAAGACGAAGCUGGGAGAGGGGCAGCUCUUGCUCUGGGCCCGCCCGUACUGCGGUUAUUGGAUCAAAUGGGCCUUCUAGAACAAAUUGAAAGGGCGUCGAAGCCAAUCUCAGGCUUGAGUGUUGUCGAUAGCGAGUGUCGAAAGCUAGGUCGAAUUGAAAGUCCUGAGAAAGAGAGAUAUGGAUAUCCAUUUCGGAUCAUGACUCGACCUGCGUUUUACAAGAUUUUGCUGUCAAGGGUUCCUCCAACAAAUUUACAUCGAGGCAAGGUUGUGGUAGAAACGCUUCAAAAUCCUAAUGGCGUUUCUUGCAAGUGUUCAGAUGGAUCAACCUAUUAUGGUGACAUUGUGGUCGGCGCCGAUGGCGCCCAAAGUCUGACUCGCCAAUGCAUGUUUAAACAAUUAGCAGAUCAAGGGAAAUUGCCUGAUGCUGAUAUGGUACCAUCCACCUACGAACACAUUUGCAUCACCGGCCUCUCAGAUCCACUUAGCCAGAGUAACUAUCCCACUGUGUCGGAUGAAUGUUCAGAAUUCAGAGUGAUCUAUACAAAGGAACAACCUUACUCUUUCUGGUACACGCCAGUGCCUGGUGACCGUGUCGCUUGGGGUAUCAAUGGAUUGCUGCCAUCAUCUAAACAACGAUCGUCCAAUUAUGGCAACAACGAUGAUACGCCUUCACCACAGCCUAAAAUCUACGAUGACUGGCUCGCUCCUGCGCCAGAUUUUGAAGAGCAAUUUCAAGAACUCUUCAACGCACGCUGUGCAAUGGGCGUGGGGAGCGUACGUGAUUUUUUGAGUCAUACACCACGGAAGCAUAUCACCCGAAUCGAUAUAGAGGAACGCCUUUACAAGACUUGGCAUCAUGGUCGCAUUGUUCUUGUAGGCGAUGCGUGCCAUCAGCAACUGGUGUUUGGAGGCCAAGGAGCGAUCCAAUGUCUAUUGGAUAAUGUGUGUUUAGUCAACCUACUCUAUGACAUGGAACACAACACUCCGAACGAGAUCAACAAAACAUUUAAAAAGUAUCAGAUGAAGCGAAGCACAGUGGUCAAGAUGUCUAUCGACGACACCAACCACUUGGACAAAGUUCUUCACAGCCAAGGAUUCCUUGCGGGCAUGAUGCGCAAGCUAAUCUUCAGUGCUGCCUUGGGUCUCAACGCAGCUAAUGACAAAUUUAACAAUAACCGACCACAACUUUCUUUCCUCCCAUUUGUUGAGGACAGAGCUACAAGCAAGGCUUACAAGCAAAAGAUUUCAGCUAGGCUUUACAAAAGUCAACAGGAAGACACUUUCAUGUAA